AUGGAGGUGGCUUCGGCUACCAGUGCCGACCUUCUGAAGGCCGAACAAGCAAUGUAUGGGCCAUUCUUCGGUACUCUUGGUGUAACGAGCGCGAUGAUGUUCACCGCAGCCGGAUCCGCGUACGGAACAGCGAAAUCAGGUACCGGAAUCGCCUCUAUGGCUGUAGCUAGACCCGAUCUCGUGAUGAAAGCCAUCAUUCCUGUGGUUAUGGCCGGUAUCGUCGCCAUCUACGGCCUGGUAGUGUCCGUGAUCGUUUCCGGGAAAGUUGCUCCCGGCGGCCCAGACUACACAGUGAAUCAGGCAUUUGCACAGUUUGCCGGUGGCCUUGUAUGCGGAUUAUGUGGUUUGGCAGCUGGAUAUGCCAUUGGAAUAGCCGGAGACGCCGGAGUGAGAGCCCUCUCACAACAACCGCGUAUAUUCGUUGGUAUGAUCCUUAUGUUGAUUUUCGCUGAAGUUCUUGGUUUGUAUGGAAUGAUUGUGGCGAUGUCGUAUGACCUCACAACUGCAGAACAGCCAGCGUACGCCCCUUUUUUUGGGUACAUGGGAGCCGCCUCAGCUCAGAUCUUCACUGUUCUGGGUGCUGCGUACGGUACUGCGAAAUCGGCUGUAGGCAUCUGCUCCAUGGGAGUGAUGCGACCAGAACUAAUCAUGAAGUCGGUGAUUCCCGUUAUUAUGGCUGGUAUUAUUGGUAUUUACGGCCUAGUCGUGGCAAUGGUUCUCAAAGGCAAGGUAACUGCUGCCAGUGAGGGUUAUACCCUCAACAAAGGAUUUGCCCAUCUCGCUGCCGGUCUUACUUGCGGCUUGUGUGGUCUCGGUGCUGGAUAUGCCAUCGGAAUUGUCGGAGAUGCUGGAGUUCGUGGGACCGCUCAACAACCUCGUCUUUUUGUGGGAAUGAUCCUCAUUCUUAUCUUUUCUGAGGUGCUUGGUCUCUACGGCAUGAUAGUGGCUCUUAUUCUUGGAACAUCGUAA